AAGGCGGUGGUGACGACAUGCAGUCACAUCUUCUGCCUCAAGUGUGCCAACGAUCUCUUCACCAGUGCGAGGGCCUGCCCAGCUUGCGAAACGCAGCUUACGGAACCGGACGAUGUGGUUGUAUCGAGCUUGCAGCCUAGUGCAGACUACAGAACGAGCGUCCUAGCAGGUCUCUCCCCGCAGAUCAUCAUGUAG